AGGGCGCCGCACGGGCCUGAUGGGGGUGAUCCAGGGUUUCGGGGACGCUGAGCGCCACUUUCCUCCUCCUUGGCAGUGAGAGAGAGAGGGACGAGGGGGAAGCGGGCUGCUGUCCUGCCAGGUCACUUUCGCUGCGCUAUUCCGCGAGCUCCCGGCAGGAGGUGAAAGUCCCCGGCGGGGUCCGGAUGGCGCAGUUGAGCUGCGCCUGCUGAACUCGCGGCCGCCUGCGCACGCAGGGCGCGGGGACUCGUCUCGGCUGCUCCCCCACUUCGCGGCGGACGAUCGGUUCCCGGACACGCCGCCUACGAGACAAUUUGACAGUUGCAGAGAGGGAUUUUAAGGCCACUUCUGACUUGCCAAGCUCGCCUCCGACCUGAAAGACCAAAGGCUGCCGUGACUGGAGGGGACCCCCGUUGGAGAAAUGGCAGUGACUUCCCGCCACGUGAUCACCACCAUGUUCGCCCUGAUGAGCUCCUGUCUGGCUGGUCCAGAGCCCAGCACCCCGUGUGAGCUGUCACCGAUCAACGCCUCUCAUCCUGUCCAGGCCUUGAUGGAGAGUUUCACCGUUCUGUCUGGCUGCGCCAGCAGAGGCACAACUGGGCUUCCUCAGGAGGUUCACGUCUUAAACCUCCGCAUUGCGAACCAGGGAGCAGGGCAGCUGCACAGGGAGGUUACACUGCAUCUGAGACCCAUCUCCUCAGUUCACAUUCACUACAAGCCUGUUGUGUUCCUGCUCAACUCCCCACAGCCCCUGGUCUGGCAUCUGAAGACAGAGAGACUGGCCAACGGCGUUCCCAGAUUUUUCUUGGUGUCGAAGGGCUCUAAAGUCCAGUUUUCAUCAGGAAACUUCUCCUCAACAGCGGACACAGAAGAGAGGACUUUUCCUCAAGGAAACGAGCAUCUGCUAAACUGGGCCCAGAAGGUAUACGGAGCGGUGACUUCAUUCACGGAACUCAAGAUAGCAAGAAACAUCUACAUUAAAGUGGGGGAAGAUCAAGUGUUUCCUCCCAUGUGCACCAUCGGAAAGAAUUUUCUCUCGCUCAAUUACCUUGCUGAGUACCUUCAACCCAAGCCUGCCGAAGGCUGCGUCCUGUCCAGUCAGCCCCAGGAGAAGGAAGUACACAUCAUUGAACUAAUCGCCCCCAACUCAAACACACACAGCCCCCUCCAGGUGGAUAUAGUCAUUGACAUACAACCCGCUCGAGAGGGCCCUGAGGUGGUCAGAGACCUCAUCCUCAUCCUGAAGUGCAAGAAGGAUGUCAACUGGGUGAUCAAAUCCUUUGACGUCAAGGGAAGCCUGAAAGUUAUUGCUACCAACAGCGUUGGCUUUGGAAAAGACAGUGAAAGAUCCAUGACAGUGACCAAGUCGAUAAAAAACGACACCCUUUCCACCCAAGAGAAUCUGGUGCAGUGGGCAUUGGAUAAUGGCUACAGCCCAGUGACGUCAUACACCAUGGUGCCUGUGGCGAAUAGAUUUCAUCUCCGGCUUGAGAACAAUAAUGAGGAGAUGAGAGACGAGGAAGUCCACACCACUCCUCCAGAGCUUUGGAUCCUGCUGGGCCAUGGCCACGGGCCUGCCCUGGAUAACCCACCCUUCCUGGGAGGGAAGAACAAAGAUGAAGGUCUCCCGUUCUCUUUCGGGAAUAUCCCCAAGAAAGGCUGGAAGGAGGGAGAAGAUAGGAUUCUCCAUCCAAGGAAUCCUGCCAUUCCCAGCAUCCCACUGUUUCGGGACCACAGAGAGCCGGAAGAAGUACAGGGGGGUGUGGCCAACGCCUUGUCGGUCAAGUGUGACAGUGAAAAGUUGACCGUAACUGUGAGCAAAGACUCCCUCAGAGACUCUCUCAAGACCGGUAACUACUCAGAGAUAGAGCUCACCCUGUCAAAUCAUUCAUGCAAAGCCAAAAUGAACAGCACCCACUUUGUUUUGGAGUCCCCCCUGAAUGGCUGUGGCACUGGACACUGGCGGUCAGCCCCUGACGGUGUGGUCUACUAUAACUCAGUUGUGGUACAGACGCCGUCCCGUGGGGAUAGCAGCGGCAGCGGGUCAGGUGGCUUUGAAGACUUGGAGUCAGGUGACAGUGGAUUUUCAGGAGACACAGAUGAAGGAGAGGCCGUCCCCCUGAGCCGAGCUAGAACUGUGAAGGUGUUCCAGUUUAACUGCAGCUUGCGGCAGCUGAGGAAUCCCAGUGGCUUCCAGGAUCCGCUCGAUGGAAACAUCACCUUCAACAUGGAGCUGUACAGCACAGACCUCUUUCUGGUGCCCUCCCCCGGGGUCUUCUCUGUGGCAGAGAACGGGCAUGUUUAUGUGGAGGUAUCCGUCACCAAGGCCGACCAAGAACUGGGCUUUGCCAUCCAAACCUGCUUUGUCUCUCCGUUCUCAAACCCGGACAGGAUGUCUGAUUACACCAUUAUCGAGAACAUCUGUCCCAAGGAUGAGUCUGUGAAAUUCUACAGCUCCAAGAGAGUGCACUUCCCCAUCCCGCACGCCGAGGUGGACAAGAAACGCUUCAGCUUUGUCUUCAAGUCCGUGUUCAACACCUCCCUGCUCUUCCUACAGUGUGAGCUGACGCUGUGCACCAGGAGGAAGGGCCCGCAGAGGCUGCCGAAGUGCGUGAGUCCUGAUGAGGCCUGCACCUCUCUAGAUGCCGCCAUGAUCUGGACCAUGAUGCAGAAUAAGAAGACGUUUACCAAGCCCCUGGCUGUGAUCCACCAGGCAGAUUAUAAAGAAAACGUUCCAGACACUAAAACUAAGGAGUCCAGUCCAGUUCCUCCCCCUCCACAGAUUUUCCAUGGUCUGGACACACUAACCGUAAUGGGCAUUGCCUUUGCUGCCUUUGUUAUUGGAGCACUCCUGACGGGGGCCUUGUGGUACAUCUAUUCCCACACAGUGACCAUCAAAUACGGCAAGAGAUUCCAUACGAACUCGGGGUUAAAGGAUGCGGCUCCAGAGAUGUUUCUGGGCACCAAGAAAGGCGUAGGAGAAACAGCCAACACUGCAGGGCUUGUUCCUUAA